AUGUCUGCCAGAUUAACUUUUAAACGCUACGUCUCGGACGUCGCUGCUAAGGAGAGAUUGGACCAAUUUCUUGGCUAUUACGCAACCAAACAUGCUCUGAGGCCACUUGUAUACCGCCCUAAGAACUCUAAUAUCCUAUUGACCAUGGAUCUGAAGGAUUCUAAAACUGGCAAGCCACUUAAGCCUCACGAGCCAUUUAGACCAAUUGCGAAGACUGUUCUGCACGAAUACAUCGGAUCACUGAAGGUUUCUGCAGAUGAGACAAAUGAAUUAGCACAAUGGUACAAGAGUUGGACGUCAAUCUCCACUAGAAAGCGUGAAGUGUACAAAUACUUCAAUGGUGCCCAUUUGCAAGAUAUUUUGUUUAAAGCCUUCUUCCAGACAGGGAGUUAUUCUCACUUACUGAGCUCGAUGUAUUCCAAUAUUCCAAAAUUUCAAAAAGCUGGCAACGUCGAAGCAUACGAUAUUGAUCAUUUUUUCAAUGCUAUAUUAACUUGCAAUCUGCAUAGAAAUAAAAUCAAAGUUUACAAUGAUCCAACUAUUGCAUUGAAAAAAAUAAACGUUGCAUUUACUAACUCAAAAGGAACCGAUACGUUUGGUUUGGCAAAACCAUUAAUACAGCAAUUGGCCAAGCAAUUGAAUUUCUCUGCUGAUGAGUUAAUAUCCAAAUAUAAAAUGGCCCAAGAGAUUAACCUACCUCAAUUGGAGGAGACAAAUAAACCGUCGAAAUUUUAUUUAGAGCAAAGAGGUACCUAUAUCAUAACUAGAACAUUGGAAGAGUUUGCAACCGAAACUGUAGACCCAAAAAUCGUUGCGUUCAAUAGAUCUUACAGAUCUCUUGCGGAUAGUUUAGGUCACAAUACGGAUGUCUAUGACAGCUAUAUGAGUACGGUGAAUGAGGUAUGGAAAGAUACUCAGGCCGCUGAAAACACUAAGGAAACCGAAACUGAAGAGAACAAGUAG